UCAGUGAUCUUCCUGAAGUUUAUGCAUGCCCUUCUUGGUCUAUACUUAUGGGAAGUCUUUACCUCUCUGGACUUCGACUGGGCUGUCAUGACAGGCAAGACGAGGUUCCGCUGGCCACUGGUUUUCUACUUUGCCGGUCGGUAUCUUCUUCUUUUUGCGCUCAUCGGAAUUGCUGUAGCCCUGGAUACACCAAGUGAAAUCAAUUGUCAAGCACUUUAUGCCUUUAAUCAGGUGACUGGUAAUGCGGCAGUCGGACUCGCGAGCAUUAACCUUUCUUUCCGGACUAUAGCUAUCUGGUCUCAGAAUAUCUGGGUCGUUAUCCUCCUGGUGUUGAUCAUCAUCGGGCAUUGGUCCCUCAUCUUGCAAGUCUGGCGCCCCGGCGUCGGUUGUACAAUCACCUACAGUGAUACCACUAUCCUUGCUGCUACUUUUAUUUAUUCAAUGUGUUUCGAUUUUAUGGUCUUGUGCCUUUCGGCAUAUAAGCUCGCCUGGACACCUACGCGGAGUGGCACGAACGGCGCACCCACCAGACUCGUCAAGAUGUUAUUCUCUGAUGGCUUGGUAUAUUUUUUCAUCGCGUUCGGGUCCAAUGUGAUCGCGACAAUUAUGAUGGUGCUCGACUUGAACCCCAUCAUGAGUGUCAUUUGCAACGUCCCAGCUGCUAUUGCUUCAACAGGUGAGCCUAGUUUCUUAUACGCUCAUUUUCUGCUAGACUAUUGA